CACGAUGCAUGAGACGAAAUAGCGGACCCUCAUGUUACGUCGGAGAAUGACAUCUGGUGACUUCGUUGACCUUUGUGUCGUCCUGGUUGUGGUCUCCUUUAGUCGUUCCAAAGCAGCGGGUUCCCAUCGAGCAGUUGUUGAAAGACGCCUGCUUGACGGCAAACGCUUCAUUGCAGAAAAUGACACCCGUCCGUACGGCAGCGGCCAGUAUGAGUACUUGCACCCACGGCCGAAUGCACUGCACGUGUCUGAACUCACGUCAAUUGCCGUCAGGUAAGCGGUAAGCUUCACAGCAGAUCGCACAGACACUGUGAAUUCUGUUCUGUGUGGCUGACGCAGAGAGGGGCGUGGGGUUGUCAACGAGCCCGAUGAACUGAGGGAUCUUUUCACGGUAUGUGACGGGACGAUUGAUGGAAGGGUGGUAUUGGCGCUUGACAACAAGACUGUCAUCUUCGUCCCGACAAGGCCCUUCCUUCCUGACCAGCGAGUCAACGUGACGUUCCGUGCGGGACUAAGAGUGCGAGUUGACGCCCUCACAAGCCUUGCAAUAGGGGCGUACCAGUGGAGCUUUACGGUACGUGGCCCUUCCGGGGUGCCAAUGUCGCUGCCCAACUUGGACAAUGACGUGCGUGAGAACGCCGCUGGUGAUACCACGCAGCGUCCGCGAACGUUGCCUCGCUGGGCAGAUGCUGUUGAAUGUCACGGAGUCGAUGGGGAAUGUGCCGAGGACGGUUUGCACUUUUUUUUCAGCUCCUUUGAAAAAGGUCAGCUACACAUCCUUUCGUCGACUGGACAUCGUGUUUGGUGGAGUCAAAGGAGGCUCAGAGCAGUCUCAGACUUUCGGAAGCAGCCGUCCGGUUCAUUGACAUUUACAAUCCGGGAUGGCGGCAUUUGGAUUGCCCAAGAACUCGGACCAGGAUACGAAGAGAUCAAGAAAUACACAGCGGGUGAGCAGCUCAAUUCCUGCCACUGAUUACAAUUGCACAUGCGUGACUCUCAGGGCACGGCUACAGCUUGAACCGACACUUCUUCGAGGUCUAUGAAGACGGGAGUCAUCUGCUUACAAUCUAUACUCCAAUAAAUGGCAAGGUUGAGAAUGUCUUGCAGCUGAAAGACGCUGACGGUUAGUGAGCAAGUCUCAACAAAGGCAAGGCAUCCUCACAUUCAGUGGCUGAUUGGCACACCUUCAUUGUCUGUAACGCGCUCUCUCUCUCUCUCCCUCCCUCCAUCCCUCCCUCUCUCCAGGGAAUGUCCUGCUCGAAUGGUAAGUAAGAGUGAAGAGGUAUGUGAAAAAGGCAUGUUGUGUGUCCUUCCGUUUUCAAGGCGCUCAUGCGAUGACUUCGGUACACUAUGUUGUGGGUAAUCGCUGGCCAUUGUGAUUAUUUAUGCAGUGGGAGCAUCUGAUCCGGCGCUUGCAGACAAAGGCGAUGUAGGUGCUUAGAUACGGCUUUUUUCACUGCGUGGAUGUUCUCUCUAUCUGCCCUUGCAGGUCUAUCAUACGAAUUCAGCGGGUGAGCUCGACAGGUUCAAAUACCCUGCUCUGUUGCCCAUAUGACCUUUCGAUCCUGACAGAGCGGACACCUGAUGGUGAGUAGGAAAGGCCACCGAAAAUGAACCGGCCAGCAGCCUGACGAUUUCCGAAACACAGGCAAUUACAUCGUAUCCAUGAGACAUGCGAACCUCGUUUUCCUUGUAAGUGGGAGGACUGGAAGGAUCCUAUGGCGCCUGGGCGGCGGAGAAACAAGGUCUAACGUGAAAGAAACGCACAUCUGUGGCACGGAAAUAGAGGGUAUAAACGGUGUACAGCGACUUCACGGUCGUCGACAAGAACGUUGAGGACAAGAACUCAAGGGAUGACCCGCCCUUCAUCGGACAGCACAGGCCAUAUCAGGUGAGAAUGGCGACACGCUUGUCCUUGCUCCUUUUACGUUGAGUGGGAUUUUGUGCAGCUGCCGAAUGGGAAUAUCUUGAUGUACGUGCGAAGCUGCUGCACUGAAAAGAGCAAGGACUCACUCAUCUGAUUGCACAAUCCAUGUCAGGCUUGACAAUCAGUGGGUUCCAGGCGAGGGUAAGAGUGACUCUUCAGAGCUCAAUACUUGUGGACUCGCCUCACUCACCCUUGCAGAAGUGAACAACAACUUUACCUCAAUGGGAAGCCGGCCGUACGCCCGAGCAGUGGAGUGGGAGCUCGAUAUCGAGGCAAAGACGGCAGUCAACGUGUGGCAAUACGCACACCCUGGAAGGAGGUAUCUUCCUACUGUUUUCCUCAUGCCUAUAAAAGCAAUUGUCUGCAGGCCUUCCGUCUGCUGUGGAGGGGUCCAGAUGAUAGACCAUGAGUAAAAAAGGGGGAAGGCGAAGUGAGAAAUACAAUGAAUGCAAUAUAUACUUCAGGUCUGGCCAACCAAGCGUGUUGAUCUCUUGGGGAAUCGGAGGACCCCUCGCUACGGAAAUAACGUACGAGGAGAAUGCACGUAUCGUCCGUGAAUUCACGAGCUUGGAUAUGAGAGGACAUCGGGUGAGGAAAAGUUGGGACAUUUAACAUCACGUCGUGUCUGUGUCUGUUUCCCUUUAACGCUCAGACCUUUUUGGUCCCAUUCUCGGGCCGCUCGACAAACCCCCCUCGCUUGCUUCUGUGCAGCGAUUAUGCAAAGGCCCCGGACACGAGCGCCCAGCUAGAAGACUGGAGUAUGCGCAGCAGUGACAGAUGGCUGGCAACGGAUGCAUUUUCGCUCUGCUUUACUUGCAGCGAUACACAUGUCGUACAACGGGGUGACAGACAUUGCGAAAUGGCUUGUGUACGUGAGUACUGCUCGAGAUCCAAAACAACCAGGCCGCUAUGUAAUGGACAAGACAAAGAGCGCAUUCGAAGAGGUUAUCACAUUGCGUGAGCUUAUCAAUGCCAUGGCGGCGAAGAAUGUCACCGUGACUGACGGUGCCGGCGGUUGGACGGUGGGAGAUGCAGACAUCACCUUCCCCCCUGGUGGUGAAGACGGCUCAACUCAAUUGACCAUUUACGUGCAAGUGCUCCCUGUGACACACGGGGCCGUCGAACUCGACAAGCAGUCAAAACCACUCAAAGGUAGAGAAGCCUAUUCGCUUCGCUUUCACGUGGUAGGUAGCGUGGGUCUGUCUGUCUGUCUGUCUGCCACUAGUUCCAUUGAGUGUGGUUAGGACCGAGAACGGCACAGUCGUUCUUAGCCCGCCACCCUAUUCGGUGCUGUGCGGCUGCUAUGAACCGGAUAUUGGGAAGGGUGGAGAAGACCUGGAAGAGGUGAUCAAAGACAUCAGCCUUCGAGCGCUGCAGCCCACUGGUGUCGUCAACAUGGCAGCUGUGGUCCUUUGCCAAAACCUCUGUGCGGCGGAGGACGAGUGUGACAUGUUUUCCUACCUGGAGGAGUCUGAAAGCUGCCAGCUGAGGCGCACUAGCGAAUUCGAGCAAGGUUUCCCAUACCCUCGGCGGCGGUCGGUGUCAGGUGUCAUUUCUGGUCCUAAGCGAUGUACAUAGAUCAGCCACGAAUUAGGUGCUAGCCCCACAUACUUCAUGUGUACUAGCCCCAGUGGCGCCCGUCGUAUCGCUCAGCGGCCGGCGGGGCGCCGCAUAGACAGCCGGGCAGAGAUGAGGGGAUGGGGAGCCGGGCAGAGAUGAGGGGAUUGCCAGAGUGUACAUGUCCAUAUGGUUGACGAGUUGUGCAUGACAAGCACCAGUGAUGGAUAGACAGACAUGCAUGCGCUAUUUGUCAACAAUCCGCAUUUUUGUGUAUGGACUUGAUCUGUGUUCGUCCGCGAUAAAGCAUCCUAUUGAUUGUGAAUUUCGCACUGUGGAGGCAGUCGACCG